AUGGGCACAGCCGGGCUGGCAGUCCGUUGCCAGGACAGAGCACUGGCUUGCUAUGGGGCUGUGAAGCCGCUCUCCCCUACGCUCGCUGCAUCCUCCAAACUGCUCACCCUUUUGUCCACCGCCCUUGGGAUGGGACAGAGUGGGAAGCAGUACGAGGUGUCCGGUGAGGAGCACCUCUACUCCGACUUCCCUGAGAUUGAUUUGUCUCAGCUGGAUGCCAGCGACUUCGACUCAGCCGGCUGCUUCAGUGAGCUGCAGUGGUGCGGGGAGCACUCGGAGACCGACUCCAGCCAGUACAGCACCGAUGACUCCGAGCUCUUCCAGAUAAUAGACAGCGAGAAUGAAGCACUGCUGGCAGCCCUCACCGAGACAUUGGAUGAUAUACAGGGAGAUGACAUGGGCCUGGCUGCCUUCCGAACUAUGGAAGAGGGGGACACGCUCAACCCAGCCUACACCUCGCCUGCCCCCUCCCCCAAACCCACCGCCCCGGUCACGGGGGGGCCGCCCCCGGCCCCCGAGUUUGAUGAGCUGUCUCUACUGAAGAAGUUGCUCCUCUCUCCAUCGCACAUGCCUCCAAGCUGUGAGGCUCAGCGGGAUGGAAGCACCCGGCGCCUGGGGACCCCUAAGUCCCGACCCACACGGCCCUACACAAAGGUGGAGGGGCCCCGGGAAAGGAGGGCAAGCGUCCCACAAGUGCAGAGCCGCAGCUGCACUGAGCUGCACCGGCACCUCACCUCCACUGCCCCCUGCCCCCAGACCAAAGCCCCCCGGGCACCUGAGGAGUGUCCCAGCAGCCGCCACCACUUGUCCCCAGGUGACUGUGCCCAUCACGAGGAUGACAGUGACUCCAGCGAGGACUCGCUGAGCUCUGGCGACUCGGUGACCCCCUCCUCCUCAGCAGAGGAUGGCUCCAGCAGCCAGUUCUCCUGCGAGGGGGAGAUGCACUCGGUGGUGGAGCUCAUCCGCUACAUGCACACCUACUGCCUGCCACCGCGGAAGCUGCCCACCCGCGACGCUGCCGACGCCAAGCCCCAGCCCUGCAGCAGCCCCUUCAAGAGAGCCAAACCAGACUGUCCUGGGCAGCCUGGCCUCCCUGGCAGCGCCCAGAGCCGGCCAGGCUGUGCCUGGCAGGCAGCCGCAGGUUGCAAGAAGCCUGGAGCAUCCUUCUCCAUCCUGAAGGAGCUGCUGGCACGAGACCUGCUGUGCGAUGUGAGCAAGCCAUACCGCCUGAGCAAGCCUGUGUACGCCGCCCUGGCACGGCCGCCUGGCUCCUGCUCCCCUGUGCCACCAGCCCAGGAUGGGGAGGAUGCCACUGGGACCUGCACAUCCAGAGCCAAAAUGGCACCAGAGAAGGGCGAGCCACGGCAGAGCCCCAGGGCUGAGGCAGAUGCACCGCAAGAGCCGUGUGGCCUCGAGGAUGAUGCUGGGAAGCGUACGGGAGUCCUGGGCACAGCCCCAGGGAAGGUGGCCCGCAAGCAGGAAAGCCCCGUUUACGCUGUCCGCCGGUCCAAAAGACUCAACCCCGAGCUUGGCCACUGGCUCUCCUUCCUUGACGAGCCACCCCCCGAGCCCUCUGUCCCCCAGGAGGCUGGGGACAGCUGUGGCACACUGGCCUCCAGAGAGCCUGCACUGUGCCCAGUGCUGGAGGGCUUCUCCGCUGAAGAGCCCGCGGCCGAAGUGGAGGUGGGGGACACAGCACCACUGGUGGAACCCCAGCCCCUCUCCCUGGGCUCCCCGGGGGACAGCGAGGUGGGCAACGGGGCUGAGAGCCAGCGCUGUGCCCUCCUGGAGCAAGCAGAAACACCCAGGUGUCUCACGCUGUCCUUGGCACAAACUGACUCAACCUUUGGGAAGAGAAACUUUGAGCCAAUGCUGACUGUGGAGCUGUGUGGGACAGCAGGUCUCACACCACCCACCACUCCACCGUAUAAGCCCGCCGAGGAGGACCUGUACAAGCCAGACAUACCCCAGGAGCCAGGGAAGGAGGACGGGACGGCUCCCAUCCCCGGGGGCGGAGGGGACACAGCAGCCUCCCGGAAAGCCCCCAGGAAGCACCCCGAGAGGACAGAGCUCUUCGCCCACCUGAGCCGAGCGGCCGGGCGCCCCACGCUCCCUGAGCAGCAGGGCGUGCUCAAGCGGCCUUUCUCCCGCUCCUUCGGGGACCACGACUACUGCCAGGUGCUGAAGCCCGAGGCUGCCCUGCAGAGGAAGGUGCUCAAGUCGUGGGAGCCCCCAGGCCAGGUGGAGACAGAGCACAAGAGGAGGGUCCCGGCCGCCCACUACCAGGGGCUGGACCUGGGCAGCAAGGAGGCAGGCAGUGAGAUGCUGUGGAAGGACGGCGUCAAGCAGCUGAGAGACCAGGAGAUCAGAGCCAGCUUAACAAAGCACUUUGGCUUUCUGGACAGUGCUCUUGAGGACGAGGACAUGGUCUUCUGCAAGACCCCCGAAUAUGACACCGUUUUUGAAGACAGCUGCAGUGAGAGUGGCUCCCCUGUGGAGGAGGAGGACGAGGAGGAGGAAGAGGAGGAGGAGGAGGAGCACGGUGACACCAAGCUGUGCCUGCGGAGAAAUCCCCUUUCCAGGACCAGUUUGCAUUACUGUUCCCGGAGCAGGUCCAGCUCGGGGUCUUCGUGCUGCCGGUCCCGAUCGCCUGCAAGCAGACGCACCUUCAGGUGUGAGAACAGCCAGCAGUGUCAGGGUGGGAGUGGGCACCGGGGCCAGCUGGAGAAGAGACGGGAAAAGGCCAUCGGGGAAGGCAGGGUGGUGUAUAUCAGAAACCUCUCCAGCAGCAUGAGCUCCAGCGAACUGAAGAAACGCUUUGAAGUGUUUGGUGAAAUCGUGGAGUGCCAAGUCCUGUCCAGGACUAACAGGGGGGAUAAAUACGGCUUCAUCACCUACCGGUAUUCAGAGCAUGCCGCCUUAUCUCUGAAAAACGGCACCUCGCUAAGGAAGAGGAACGAGCCUUCGUUCCAGCUCAGCUCUGGUGGCCUUGGGCACUUCUUCUGGACCAGAUAUGCUGACUUGGAUUGCAGCACGGAGGAGUCCUCCUCAGCUCCAGUGAAAAGCAAGUACGAGACCAUGGAUUUCGACAGCUUGCUGCAGGAGGCCCAGCUAAGCCUGCAUCGGUAACAGCCUUAACCUUGGAGGAAUACCUCAAUACCUCAGUCAAGGCACUUCCAAUAUGUUUACGUUUUCAAAGAAAUUAUUCAGUCUAUGGAAAGCGAGAGAGAGCGAGAGAGAGCGAGAGCACGCACGCACGAGAGAGAGACUGCUGUCCCUUCCGAUCGAUGUUUACAUUGAACAAAGCUGCUUCUGUCUGUGAGUCCCCAUGGUGUUGAUGUCUCACUGCCACACGUUAGUCCCCCCGCUUCUGACUGGUUGUUUUAGGGUGAGCCUAGGAGCCCCCAGCCCCUCUCCUCCCUUCUGGACCCCCCGUGCUCCUGCCGCGGAGUUGCAGCUGUGUUCACCAUAACAUUUUUUUGUCCGUAGUGUGUGAUGAUGAAAUUGUUAAUUGUGAAUAGAAUCAGGAUUAUAAACUAAUUUUUAAUAGAAGAAGAGAAAAAAAAAGUAUAUACUUAAAAAAAUGUAUUUAUGGCUCAGAUGUACUGUAAUUCAGAUUUAUUGUACCGCUUCCUUGAUUUUUAACUAUGCACUGUAAUGAGGCACUUGCCACUCAGCAAAUGGGGGGGGUCAGAGCAGAGUCACGGAGCUGGCAUUCACCCAUCAGCCACAGGGGCACCUGCCUCCCCCGCCAGCAAACCAGGGUGCUCAGCAGUCACGUUGGGGUCACCCACUUUGCUGUCAAAGCCAUUCUUCCUGCUUGCAUGGCCCAAGCCCCCCAGCCCCCAGCCCAGCUGGGUCACAGCACCCAGACACUGAGCUCGGUUUUGGUGCCUAAUGGAGCCGGCGGGCAGUGGGGCACGCCAGCCCCGUGCCAUUCUCACCGUGGGGCCAGGCAGCUUUGCAGGCGUGAAGGAGAGGGAUGGUAGAAGGAUGCACUACCCGCGGUGCUGUGGGACUGAUGCCUGCUCCGGCCCUCCGCUGCCUUUGGAGACAGGAGAGAGGGGCCGGGGGGCCGGAGCCGGUCGGGAAUCCAUCCGGUGGGUCCUGCCAGCACAGCCUGGGGCAUGGGUUCCUCUGGGACCCUGUAAGGGAGCUGCUUCUCUCUGUCUCCUUAGGUGUCUAGGAGACCAGCCAGGCUGAGCAGCUUGCUCCCUGCUCACUUCCACUGCCUGCAAAGCAAGCGGGGUGAGAAGACCCAUCUGUGAUCCCCACCCGGCAGCCAGCCCAAAAUUCAGAGAGGCAGGAGAGGGCACAAGCAGUGCACCAAACACCCGUCCCACCCAACGCCCUGCCCGUGUUCUGCCUGGUACCUGAUAAGCCAUAGACUUCCCCAGCACCCAGUUGGCCCCCAGAAUCCGUCCUCCAUGCCCACCAGCACCCCAUGGCAUGCUUGCCUGCUCUGCCUCUGGCCGAGGGCCCUCAGGGCUGCCCCGCGGUGCUGGAUUUAAGGCAUGCUCAAGCAGCACCCCCCUGAAAUUUUCUUGCAAACUUGCCCGCCAUCUCCAGCUGAGGUGGGAGGGGGAGAGAUCCUGCCACCAGCUGGAGCAAACCUCACCACGAGCUGACCAGAGGCACUUUUUCCCAGGGAGCAGGAACCUUGCUGCUCCUCAAGCCAUCACCCUUAUCUCCAUUUAUUUUUCAGACCCAGAGACCACUAGGGAUUCAGCCAUCCUCUGUAGAUAGAAUAUUAUAGCCUUAACUCUGCCAAUAGAUAGAUUAGAGUCUUCUGGGGUCUUCCCUCGAUAUGACUUGGGGGUUUUAUUCUCAUUUCCCUGGUGUGGGUACUAUUUUGUCUUGCAGGGAGUAUCACCAAAGCCUCCAAAAUUGCAUGAGAUACGAUGCCAAGAGCUUGAGCCCUGCCACAGUGGCCCUUGACUCUGGGGCCAUGUGUGCAGCUGGUCUCUGCUGGCAGCACUGAUACCAGCACAGUUACCAGGCUAUUUCUCCCUACUUUCAGGGAAGCCAUGGUUCUGAUGACAACCAGCCUGGCAGCGUGAGGCCUCACAGGCCACUGUGGGGUUUGAACUGUGGGUCCCCAAUAUGCCGCUGGUGACGACCACUGUCAGGGAACAGUCCUUGUGCCAUUUCAGUCUCAGCAGCAAGGUUCAACAUCUCUCCUGCCACAAGCUCCCCCCACUUGUCAUCCCAUCUUAGCAAACACGAGCAGCUCUGGCCGAGACUUGAGCAUCUGCUAUUGGCAAUUGCCUCAUUGUAGCUUUGCCUUUUUCUGUCCUAGUAUUUCCUCACAAUGAUGAUGUUUACAUGUGAUUGCUAUAGAGCUUAUGUAGAAUGUAUAUAGCGACACAUUUAGGGUGGGUAGUACUGUCCUGUGCUGUGCUGAUGUUUUUCAGAAAACGAUCAAUCCAAAAAACAACAAAAAAAAGCAAAGUAAGUGGAAUUCUUCCAUCUCCCACUCAGCCGAGGGCACCGAGCCCCCACGGCCGGGCCCUGCUGGGGAUGCAUCAAGCGUGGCAGAGGGGAAGGGUUAGUGCAGAGCUGGGGGGGCUCCAGAGCCAGGGGACCCCUCUCCUGGGGGAUGACUCAGUCGCCUCCCAAGCAUUGGUUUUGGUGUACCCAGAUACAAAAUUUCACAUCGUAUUCCUGCGGCUGGGCCCCCUGGGUCAUCCCAGAGCCCCUGCCCAUGCCUGGCUUCUGGUUAUCAAGGCCAGUGCAUGGAAAGGGGAGGGCUUGUCCUGCACAGAGCUGAUCAGUACUGCACCUGUAGGGUAGGAGGAGAUGCAAUAAGUGGUCUUCGUGGUGCCUAAAGCCUAUAAGUGGGGUGGGGGUGGUUUUUUUGGGGGUUGGGGUUUUUUCUUUUUUUCUCCCCUAAAUUGGGACGGUUCAUUUUCCCUCCUCCCCUAAGAAAUUUCUCCAGGACUUAUGCACUAUGCUCAGAGGUGUGCAAGGAGCAGAGGCACAACUGUGGCUGGGGCAGCCCUCUGCACCUGCCUGCACCUGCCAGCCCAUCGUUGCAGCAGGGAAAAGCAGGGGGCACAUUCUGCCUGCCCCGGGGGCUUCCCCCAACUUUUAGGACUGGGUGAGAGUGGAGGGUGUUCAGCUCAAGAAGUACAGGUCUGCUGGGUUCAGAAUCCCUCACGCAGGAUUUGUGGUGAAAAAUAAGUUUUCACUUGAUUUUUAUUUUUUUAAUUUUUUCCUUUUUUUAAAUAUAAAGGUGUCUAGCUUGCAGUGCUCAAGUCUGCAAAGGUGCAGGAAGGAGGGCUCUGGCUUAAGGGGCAGGUGAGAGCUCACUCCCUUAGUGGCCUGUGACUAUUUCGGGUGCUAACGGCGGAGCAGAGCAGGAGCAGAGCUAUCGAUGCCCGGGCACUGCGUGAGGAGAGGCAGCCCACGCCGCUGGGGAAGCCAGAGGCACCCAGCACUCUGCAGGAGCUGCCAGGGACGGGGAUUGUCCCCGCCCAGGGAUUAGCUUUACAUCCCGUCCAGCCUCUGGCAUCGUGGCAGGUGCCCUGGCAUGGGUGCAGCUCGGAGCUGGGCACCCCAAAAAGGGAAGUCUUGCAUCCCAGACCCUAUGGCAGCUCCAGGAAGCUGCCCCCCACCCCCUGCGAGGGCUGGGGCUGCAGGGCGGCCAAAAGUGCUACUUCAAAGAGAAAUUGGGAGCAAAAGGGUUUAUUACGGUAGGCAAUAAGUAAGGAGGAGAUUUAUUUUUGUAAAAAUAUAUGACUAUAGAAUGUCUCCCAGUAGUUUCCUGCAGGUACUGUGGGGAAAUGCUGAAUGUGAAGAGUUUCAUGAUAAAAUGUCCCUUUGCCUUUUUUGCACAGAUUUGCCCCAGAAAAACUUGUUCAGGGUGGGUUUCUGGGUUUCUGGCUGGAAUCAGGCAGAAUCUGCAGGAAGGAGCAAAUGUUUCUGAGUGUCUAGGCUGAAUGCACAGGACAAUCCCGGGUUUUAGUUUUGAUGCUGCCCCAGAGAAAAGGUUUAUCCCGAUUCCUACUCAGCGCAGAUGGUUGGGCUGCACAUCUUUAAUUGAGCAGCAGCUCAGUCACCACGUUACAGUCUUGAGUGUCUGAUUUCAGCACUGGUCCAUGCAAAGGAGUGUUGCAAUUGCAGACCAGCACUUUUUUUCUUUCUUUUUUUCUGUUUUGUUUUUUUUUUCCUUUCUUUUUGGAGGUAUGCUGAAUACUGAGAUACAUCAUUGUUUGUAGCUAAGCCUUGACACCCUUUCUGUUCUAAGUGUUGCAGUCCAUCCCUGACAAUCUGAAGCAAUAUAGAGCCAAAUGCAGCCUUUGGGUUUCAUUCCUCUUCCCUCACCCACCCUGGGGUCAGGAGCAGCAGCAGCAGCCUGGCCGCAGCGCCCAUGGCCAUGGCCACGGCCACAGCGCCGAGCCGAGAGCCACGCUGAGGUAAAUACUGGGUUGGGGAGGGAGUGUGUGUAUGCAUGUGAGAAAGAGAGAGAAAGAUUAAAUUGAUGCAUUUCUUGAGAAAGGUGUAAGAAUUUCACCUAAAAAGGGGCACAUCUGCUUUGUUAUUUAUAAAAAA